GUGAAGUUAACAGUAUAUAUUCAACAAUGGGUCCUAUAGUUGCUGUGCUCUUAAGCAUACUUGCUUUGAGCAGUGCAACUGCAUUACAAAAUGAGUUUUUUACAAGCGGAAAAGAAGUAGAAUUUCAAUAUGUAUCACAUGUUACCGUACGAACUGAUCAACCAGCCUCAUUCAUUUCAUUAUAUGGACUUCAAGCUAAAAUGUAUGUUCAAAAGAGUCAAGAAGACACAUUAAUGGUUCGUUUGGAUAAUAUCGUAUUUGAUCUCGAAAAUGGUCCCUUACGAGUUAAAACUGACAAAAAUGUUUACGUUCCAAUUCCAAUGGAAGCUGAAGCACUUAGUCUACCAUUCGCAAUUAAAUACGACAGUAACAAACUUGUAACCGCUGUGAUCGUUGAUACAAACGACAAAGAAUGGUCCUACAAUAUUAAAAAAUCUAUUGCGUCUAUUUUGCAAUUUAACACUGAAGUUUAUCGAUCAUUCGACCGGAAAGUAAGUCAUGUAGAAUACUCAAGAGAACAAACCCUUUAUGGAUUAUGUAACGUUACGUAUAACGUGUUACCACAUGAAGACCACGUUACCGUUGUUAAAACCAUCGAUCCAAGACCAUGUGAUAAUAAAUUUAAUUUAAAACGAAAUGCAAACUUCUUAAAUAUUGACUCUAAUCGAGUUUACAAAAUAAACCAAAAGGACAACAAAGGACGUUUAGAAAUGAUUGAAGCACGAGGUGAUUUUAUUUUAGCACCAUACAGGGCAACAACCGAAAUGGAAUCUCUUAAAGUACAUCAACGAUUUGUGUUUGUUAAAGAAGUAGCUAUUACAAAUCCACUCGUAAUCACCAAUCAAUUGGUAUUACGUUCAUUAAAAUACGAAGAUCCACAAUCAAAAUGCCGUGAAACGCCAUUAAUUUCUCAUGUUGACAUCACUGGUGGACGUUCCAAAUACAAUAAUGAUGUUUUAGUACCAAAAGUUCACCUUUGGUUAGAUCAAUUGGUAAAUUUAGUACAUGAAGAUCAUAUUACGUUAGCUAAACCCGAUUCUAAAGUAUUACAACUUCUACAAAAAUUGUAUGCAGUAUUAGAAAUUUUCGAUUUAAGUACACUGGAACAUACUUUCGCUUUAUUGCAAGAAAAAUCACAAAGUUCGCCUAAAGAAAUGCGUAACAUUAAUUUAUUCGUUCAAUUACUUCCUCAUGUUGGAACAAGAUCAUCUGCUGUGUUAAUCCGUAAUUUAAUUCGUAAACAAAAGAUUGACGAAACAAUGGCUGUAAGAGUACUUCGCGAUUUACCAGCUCAUUUACAUUGCCCAAAUGAAAAAUUGUUAAUCGAACUUGAAGAUAUGCUUACACUUGGUAAAGAAGGCAGUCGUGUCCAUCGUGCUAGUGUACUUGCUUUCGCUUCAUUAAUCAAACGUACAUUCUUAGGAUUUGAUGAAAAAUCAGUUGUCCUAGACAAAUACAACAAAUUAUUUAUGAAAAAAUUAACAACCUCCCAAGAUUAUAACAUCCAAGUACUUUAUGUACAUGCUUUGGCUAAUGUUGGAUUUGAAUCAGUAGUUUAUACUUUAGCUCCAAUCCUAACCGGUGAAAUGGUAGUUCAACGAAAUUUACGUUCUUUAGCUUUAUGGGCAGUAGCUCCAUUAUUCCAAAAAAAUCACAGUUUAAUGAUUAAAUUCAUUUGGCCAAUUCUUAGUCAUCGUAAAUUAGAUAUCAGUCUACGAACAGUUGCAUAUGAUAUUUAUGUACGAACUGAAAAGCCAACAUUAAAUCGAUUCAUGCAACUUUAUUGGUUAAUGCGUGAUGAAACUAAUGAACGUUUCUACAAUUUCCAUUACAAUACAUUGGUAACAAUUUCCCAACUUCGAUACGCUCAACAUAAUGAAAAUCAAAUUAUGGAAAUAGCUCGUACCAUUUUACGAAUGAGUCGUCACCCAAUUGUCGUAUAUGAAAAUGAAGGUAUUUUUGUAAGUGACUUCAUUGAUCAGAAAUCUGGUCUCGGUGGACAAAUCGAUAAUUUAUAUUCUUUUGGAAGUCACAUCAAUAUCCGUACCAAAAUAAUGUCACGAAUUUAUGGUCAUAGUACAGAAAUGUUAACCCUACAAGUUGGAAUUGCUACACCCACUACUAUCAGUACCAAUGAUAAGGAAUCUGUAUUGCAAUAUGUUGAGUUUAUUAUCAGACAUGAAGGCAGAAUUGUCAUGACUUAUGCUGAGGACGAACCAUCAGUACCAACAUUUUUAAAUAUUGUUAAAGAUUUAGGAAUUAACCUUGAAAAAAGUGUAGACAGCAAAGUUCUUGAAAUUCCAUACUUAUACGAACGAGUUAUGCCAACCGAUUUUGGAGUACCAAUUCGAAUGUACGAUAUGCUUCCACACAUUCAAUCAAUUUAUUUCAAAAUGGAUACUGCACAAAAAGAAAAUAUGAAAUUUGAUUUCCAAAUAAAAUCUAUGUCUUUGUAUAAUCGCGGAUUCAAAGUUUAUAAUCCAAUCAACGAUUUGUGGCAUGGAAUUGAAGAAAAUAAACACAUUGAUUUCUCAUUUGGAUUUAGCCUUUUAAUUUCACAAAAUGCAGAAACUGUAUACAAUAUUAAAGUUCAUAAAUUUAAUAAAGAGGCUGUUAAUGGAGUACAAGUACAUACCGAAAAUGUUGCCUAUAUUAAAGGAGAAAGUGCACAAGAAUUACUUUCCCAAUUCCAUAAAGACAGUUUAGUACGAAGAUCAAUAAUUCGAGGAGAAGACUACAUUACAAAUGACAAAAUCUAUGACACAAAAUGCAACACUCUUGGACAUCAUAUUGAAGUAAAAGUAUUCGAUUGUGAUCGUGAUGUAUCACGAGGUAGUUUAAUUACACGUCUUCAAGAAAUCGAAACCGAAGAUAUGGAUCGUGACAAUUUUAUUUCAAUAGAAUUAUUACGUGUAUAUUUAUCAUCUCUUUUCCAAAGAGGUUACGGAUCUCAUGGUUAUGGCGUUCGUUUUACACCACUGGAAACUUUUGACCAUAUUGAAUUCAAUGUGACAACACGUUCAUCAAGUGAACAAAAGGGUGAUUUAAAAUCAUUUGGUUAUGAAAUUGAUGUAGAAGGUGCAACAAAAUCAGUUGAAAACGUCAAUCUUGCUACAUACAAUUCGAAGUUUAAUGUAAACUUUUCUGAGCAACAACGACAUGUAGUACUCAAAUGGUGGAUCGUUCAUAAUGAUCAAGUAAACAAGGAACGUAAACUUGAUAUUGACUUACGUUAUUUAAUGAAAGAAGAUCAUUUUGGUUCAAAAUUAAUUUUAUCACUUGGUGAAGUUGACAAAUUAGGUGUCAUUACCUUUGACAUUAAAGGUACUCGUAGCGAAGAACAAGAACGCAUCUUAAAAGAACGUAAAAUAACUUAUGACGAAUGCCGACCAGAAAUGGUAGCUUGGAAAUACUUAGCUCCUGUUAAAGUUGAAUGUGCAGUCGCACAUUCAAGCUUAAAUCACUAUGUGAUUGACGUUACCGCCAAUGACGUAGAAAACAGAAUGGUACAAAUGGUUUUAUAUCAUUUUAAUACAUUACGUCAUCACUACUCAAUGUAUGCCCAAAGAAAAACUAAAACUGAAACAAAUGUAAUGCCAAUGCACUUGGAUGUCGUUUUUCCAGUAUUCAGAAAGGAAUGGGAUGUAACAGUUGAUACACCACGUUACACUGAAGUUUAUACAGGAUUACCACAAUAUGAAUGGAGCUACUGGGGAUUGGACGAUAUUUCAUUGGCAAACAUUUUCUUCACUAUUUGGAAAUGGGGUAGUAUUGAUAGUGUAACCUCAAUGGAACAAUGUGUUAUUUCUAAAGAACAUGUUUUGACAAAGAAUGGCAACUAUCGAGGAUCUGAAAUGACAAAUGAAUGGACCUUAUAUCUCAAAGGAAGUACAGAUAAACGUGAACUUUAUGAUGUUUAUGUUAAAAAAGUAAAUGGUAACCGACCAUUGGCAAUCCAAGUAAAAAUAGGAACUGAUACAUUAGAAAUCAUGCCACAAGGACAUGAAUUGGUCAUGAAAGUAAAUAAUGUUAUGGUUACACCAGUUGUUGGAAAAUACACAGAAGAAGGUCAAUGGAAUUACUUAAUGGUUGAAUCACCAAAAAUGAUGAUGUUCUCUACUAGAAUGCAUGGUCUACAUAUAAUCUAUGAUGGUAGAACAAUUAGAACAAUGACUCCUUCAACUCAAGCACUUAAUUUCGAGGGACACUGUGUUGAAAGUGAAAAAAAUCAAAAACAAAUUGCAUUAACAAGCUCUGGCUUAGCGUUUGUAUUUAUUAAGGAUCGUACAAAUUGAAAAUGAAUUCUGAUUGUUGAAUACUCCAAAUAUAUUUUUUGUUUGU